AUGGGGGUGGAGGGUGACAAGGCGUCUCCCGGCGGAGUUCUGGACGGGCUCUACGGGGUGCAGCUUGGCCGGCGCCGGCCGUCGCCGGGAGACGGCGGCGAGGCCGCCGUUGUGGAGUACCCGGCAGCGUCUGGUUCGGAACGUCACCAGUUCAGGGACGGCAAAACGCUGCAGAGAUUGCCGAUUAGGCGAUUGUGGCAGCACAGGCCUUCCUUCUUGAAGCCCGUCCAUUGCAGCAUAUCAUGCGGUGACAAGCAUGCUGGUGAAACUAUAGCUAAUGUAGUCACCUCACUCCCUUUCAUUAUUCUUGGGAUGCAUACACCAAGGACGAACUUAAACACGGCGCUCUAUGCGAAUUCGCUAGUCGGGGUAGGAAUAGCUUCAAGCUUGUACCACUCCUCCAAAGGACAGAUCAGAAAGUUCCUGCGGUGGGCAGACUAUACUAUGAUUGCAACUACUACAUUGUGUUUAUCAAGAGCACUUCGGAAUGAGAACCCCAGAUUACUAAUGGCAGCAUCAGCAUUGCUCCUACCAUUUCAGCCUUUGAUGGUUUCAGUUGUUCACACUGGAAUGAUGGAGGUUUCCUUUGCAAAAAGAGCAUCAAUUGAACCAGAGCUCAGAAUGGUACAUAACCUGCAUAAGAUGUCGUCUCUGUUAGGAGGCGCGCUAUUCAUAGCUGACGAUUGCUUCCCAGAGACUCCCUAUAUCCAUGCUGCAUGGCAUCUCGCUGCUGCAAUUGGCAUUGGCACAUGUAACAAGCUUCUUGAGUGACAU